AUGCCUGGUAUUGGGUCUCCCACGGCCUUUGAGUGGGCAAUGACCUUGGCUGGGACUGACUUGAGGGUCCAAGCCCGCUUUUUUUGCGAGCCCGCUCCGUCAGCAAUGACAGCACUGCAUCAGUUUGGUGCCGAGAUGUUGCGUCUUUCUCGCGGCUUGGAAGCUUCUGCGGCAUCAAAGCCACCAAACAGAGGGACAAACAUACCGGACCGUGGUAUACUUACUCCCGGUUCGUUGAGCAUAACUUCGAGUUCACCAUCAUCGAUGCUUCAGGAAAGACGCCGACCAUCAUCCGUAGGAGAACAUAGCACACCGCCUCACCGACCGAGGAGUGCUUCCGAUGAUGAAAACAAUGAAGGUUUACUGGCUCCAACGAAUUUGACAGCUAAGUCACGAAGCUCUGAGGAUGGCCUCUUGCUACCACCACCUUGUACUUGCCCAUAUUUUGGGACAGAUUCGACUCCUCCAAGACGCACGACGGAAGUUAUAAUAGUUCCUGGAGGCGAUAUAAACUCAUGUAACGGGUUUCCUCGAAACGGUAAUAUGAAAGAUGAACCAGCUACUCCUUUCUUUAGAAGAUCAAGUCGUGGUGCCACAUCUAUGGUGACUUGGGAUGAAGCACGGCGGAGAGGAUCAAGUUUCGGUGGAGCUAGAACAACUUUAUCAACUCCAGUUCGAAGUAUUCGUUCUCAGAGGUCUGUUAAUAGAUCUCCCCAAAUAACUGUUAGUUCUCAGCGCCAGACACCUAGGACGCAUCACUCAAGAAAUUCUAGUGUUAUAUCCAGAAAUUCCUCCCGCCAUGGCAGAAUUCUACGGUUGGAGCAAAAAGCUACAAAAGUUUUAGGUGUCGUUUUUUUCACUUUUGUAAUUCUCUGGGCCCCAUUUUUUGUCCUAAAUAUGGUGCCGAUCUUAUGUCCUACCUGUGAAGAAAACAUACCACCCUGGGUCUUUGACUGUGCUCUAUGGUUAGGGUAUGCUAGUUCUAUGGUGAAUCCUAUUUUUUACACCAUAUUCAAUAAAAUUUUCAGACAGGCAUUCAAGAGGGUGCUUUUGUGUCAGUAUUUUAGAUCGGGAAGGUAG